AUGCUUUUCUUUCUUUACAUACUCCUGUUUUUAAUUCAACUUCAUGCAAAAGCAGAAAAGACUUUUUGUCAAAUGAUGGGAAACCCUAAUUACCCGCUGAUAUCCAAAGAUGGAGAUCUAACAAUUGGAGCACUUUUUCCAAUCCAGAGCGUAGAGACAUUGCCUUCAUUUGAAUUUAAACAAAAACCUCAGCUUCUAUCAUGCUCCAGUGUAAAUCUAAGAGAUUUUCGAAUGGCACAGACCAUGAUCUUUGCAAUUGAGGAGAUUAAUAAAAGUGAACAUUUACUCCCAAAUGUUUCUAUUGGUUACCGAAUUUAUGAUACCUGUGGUUCAAGACUGUCUUCUAUGAGUGCAACCAUGGCAUUGAUGAAUGGACAAGAAUUAGCAGCAGAGGACACGUGCAAUGGACAUUCUCCUAUACAUGCUAUCAUAGGAGAAACAGAAUCAUCAGCAACAGUGAUUCUGUCCAGAACUACAGGACCUUUUAAAAUUCCAGUGAUAAGUCACUCAGCUACAUGUGAAUGUCUCAGUAAUAGGAAAGAGUAUCCUUCUUUCUUCAGAACUAUUGCUAGUGAUUACCACCAAAGCAGAGCACUUGCAUACAUAGUCAAGCACUUUGGCUGGUCUUGGGUUGGAGCUGUGAACAGUGACAAUGAAUAUGGAAACAAUGGAAUGGCCAUAUUUCUGAACACAGCACAGGAAGAGGGAAUUUGUGUGGAGUACUCUGAGAAAUUCUACCGAACAGAGCCUGAAAAACUUAGAAAAGUCAUUGAUACUAUUAAAAAAAGCACAGCAAAAGUGAUUGUUGCAUUUCUUACCAGUUUUGAAAUGGAAAAUUUGCUAGAGCAACUCAGCAUUAAGAAUAUUACAGGCCUCCAAAUUAUUGGGGUUGAGGCAUGGAUAACUGCUAAGAGUUUGAUUACUCCAAGCAGCUUUCGUGUUCUUGGAGGGUCACUGGGGUUUGCAGUGAGAAAAAUUGAUAUUGAAGGUUUUUCAGAAUAUGUCAUAAAAUCAUUCUGGGAAACAGCCUUUCCAUGCUCACAGACUGAAAUAAAUUCUCAAAAUGCAUCAAGUUGCAACAUAUAUCAGGAUUUGCUUUUGCUUAAAAACUAUAAUGAAGAUGUGCCUGAACAAAGAUAUUCAAGCAAUGUUUAUAAGGCAGUUUAUGCUGUGGCUCACUCACUGCACAAUCUACUCAAGUGUAAAGAAAAGGAAGGUUGUGAGAAUGACUUGAAAAUACAACCACAGCAGGUUGUUGAAGCUCUGAAAAGUGUAAAUUUCACUGUAAAAAUGGGAGAUCGUGUGUGGUUUGACAGCACUGGUGCAACAGUAGCCCAGUAUGAAGUUGUGAACUGGCAGCAGGACCCUGAUGGCUCAAUCCAAUUUACACCAGUAGGAUACUAUGAUGCCUCACUGCCCCCUGACCAGCGCUUUGUACUUAACACUGAAAACAUAAUCUGGACUGGAGGACAGCUAGAGAAGCCAAGGUCUGUGUGCAGUGAGAGCUGUCCUCCAGGCACUAGGAAGGCUGCGCAGAAAGGAAGACCUGUCUGCUGUUAUGACUGUAUUCCAUGUGCAGAAGGAGAAAUCAGUAAUGAGACAGAUUCAAUUAACUGCAAGCAGUGUCCAGGGGAAUACUGGUCUAAUGCUAAGAAAAAUAAUUGUGUGUUAAAGGCUGUAGAGUUUCUGUCAUUCACAGAAAUGAUGGGCAUAGUUCUAGUCUUUUUCUCACUCUUUGGAGUAGGAAUAACUGCAAUGGUGGCCAUCCUGUUUUACAGAAAGAAGGACACCCCCAUAGUAAAAGCCAACAACUCAGAGCUGAGCUUCCUGCUGCUCUUCUCAUUGACUCUGUGUUUUCUCUGUUCUCUUACUUUCAUUGGUCGACCCACUGAGUGGUCCUGCAUGUUACGUCACACAGCAUUUGGGAUCACUUUUGUUCUCUGUAUCUCAUGUGUUCUGGGGAAAACACUUGUGGUGUUAAUGGCCUUCAAGGCUACACUACCAGGAAAUAAUGUCAUGAAAUGGUUUGGGCCUGCACAACAGAGGCUCAGUGUUCUUUCUUUUACACUUAUACAAGUUAUUAUCUGUGUGCUUUGGUUAACAAUAUCUCCUCCAUUUCCCAACAAAAACAUGAAAUAUUAUCAUGAAAAGAUCAUUCUUGAGUGCAGUCUGGGUUCUAUUAUUGGUUUUUCUGCUGUUCUGGGUUAUAUUGGCCUGUUGGCUGUCUUGUGCUUCAUUCUGGCUUUUUUGGCUCGCACACUGCCUGAUAACUUCAAUGAAGCCAAAUUCAUCACAUUCAGUAUGCUCAUAUUCUGUGCUGUAUGGAUCACAUUUAUACCAUCUUAUGUCAGUUCUCCUGGAAAAUUUACUGUAGCUGUGGAGAUUUUUGCCAUUUUAGCCUCAAGCUUUGGUUUACUGUUCUGCAUAUUUGCACCUAAAUGUUACAUCAUUCUUUUAAAGCCUGAACAAAACACAAAGCAACACAUGAUGGGAAAGGUUCCAUCAAAAUCCUAG